GCUAUUCUUCUGGAAGAUAACCUAUACCCACGUAGAUCACUGAUCGCUCGUGUUGAUGUUGCAUUCUACGCCGGUGCAGUCUCGAAAAAAAAUUGUUAGACCUUUUUUUCCUCCACGCGGUUAACAAUAAACAAUUACGUGUAUAUUUUAGUGCUCUCUUGAGCCGCGUAGGGUUUCCCCCCGAUAAACAGCCGAGCAUUGAAGUCCCUGGGAUAGGAGAUCUGGAAGUGUCUUUAACGAAUUAAUAGCUGAGGAAUAUGGCAGUGAAAGGUCUGGUUGCUAGUAUUAUUCGCUUUUUGACAAAGCAAUUGGAGGAGGGAGAUAUAACAGAAGAUUCCCGUGAGAGCCUGGAAGUGGCGAUACAAUGUUUAGAGAGUGCUUACAACGUUCAGGCAUCAGAUGCACCAGCCAAUUUUGAUUUAUUGAGCUCUUGUGAAGCAGCCAUGGAGGGCUGCACUGUCCUACCCAGUCACGAAGCAACUGUUGAAGAAAAGAGCGAAGCUGAGAAGUUGAAGAAUCAGGGUAAUGCACUCAUGAAAGAGGACAAGAUUCAUGAGGCUAUCACAUUAUAUACCAAAGCGAUCGAACUGGACGGACGCAACGCAGUUUACUACGGGAACCGUGCAGCAGCAUACAGCAAAAUUGGAAAUCAUCGACGUGCUAUAAAAGACUGCGAGACAGCGCUUACAGUCGACCCCACGUACAGCAAAGCCUACGGACGCCUUGGCCUGGCAUAUUCGAGUUUGGAAAAGCACAAGGAGGCGAAGGAGAGUUACCAGAAGGCACUCGAAAUGGAGCCAGAUAAUGAGAGUUACAAAAAUAAUCUUCAGUUGGCUGAGGAGAAGUUGGCGCAGCAGGGAGUCAGUAAUAUGGGACUUGGGGCUAACAAUCCAGGUUUUCCAAUGGAUUUGAGCAGUAUGCUCUCAAAUCCUGCGCUGAUGAGCAUGGCCAGACAGAUGUUGUCAAAUCCUGGGAUGCAGAAUAUGCUUGGAGAUCUUAUGAGUGGAAAUAUCGAGCAGGGAGGAAGAAUGGAGGCUCUAAUUGAAGCAGGACAGCAAUUGGCCCAGCAGAUGCAGACUGCUAAUCCCGAACUUAUCGAGUCCCUCAGGAGACAGAUGGGCGGUGGACCCAAUGACCCUGACCCACCUCAACAGAAUUGAACUGUCAGAAAUUUCAUAAUUGACCUCGUUAUCGGCGAUUCAUCGCAAUUUAUAAUUGUCCCGUGAUAAUCAUCCACGCGACCUUCCUUCCUGAUGUAACUUUUUUUUCCAGUUUUUUUUUCCAACGCAUUGGAUUAUAAAUUGCAUCAUUAAAGCCUCUUUUAAAUCAUCUUGUUUAUGUUGCUUCGAAGUUGCCAUGUAUUCGAACAUUGUUAUAAUAAAUAUACGACAUGUCAAUGCGUAA